CAGGACUCGCGGGGCCCGGGGGGCGCGUGCCGCGGCGCGGGGCGGGCGGGCGAGGCGCGGGGCGGCGCGGCGGGGCCCCUCCCCCUGCAGCCUGGCGCGCGCCGGCCGGGCCGCACCGCUGCGGGCUCCGCGCGCGGGCCAUGUCCGCCUUCUGCCUGGGCUCGGCCGGCCGCGCUUCAGCACCCGCAGAGCCGGACAGCGCCUGCUGCAUGGAGCUGCCCGCCGCGGCCACCGACGGGAGUCCAGCCGCCGCCGCCGCCGCCCAGGUGUCCUUCCCCGGGGGCCCCGGGGAGCUGGAACUGGCGUUAGAGGAGGAGCUGGCGCUGCUGGCGGCCGGGGAACGGCCGUCCGACCCCGGAGAGCAGCCUCCGGCCGAGCCCGGGCCUCUGGCCGAGGAGGCCGGGCUGCUGCUGCCUCUGCCCGCCCAGGACCCCGAGCUGCUGUCGGUGAUCCGGCAGAAGGAGAAGGACCUGGUGCUGGCGGCCCGGCUGGGCAAGGCGCUGCUGGAGAAGAACCAGGACAUGAGCCGGCAGUACGAACAAAUGCACAAGGAGCUGACGGACAAACUGGAGCACUUAGAACAGGAGAAGCACGAACUAAGAAGACGAUUUGAGAACCGAGAAGGAGAGUGGGAAGGGCGCGUGUCCGAGCUGGAGAGUGACGUGAAGCAGCUUCAGGAUGAGCUGGAGCGGCAGCAAGUUCACCUACGGGAAGCAGACAGAGAAAAAACACGGGCUGUCCAGGAAUUAUCGGAACAGAACCAAAGAUUACUGGAUCAGCUCAGCAGGGCAUCGGAGGUGGAGAGGCAGCUCUCCCUGCAGGUCCACGCCCUCAGAGAAGACUUCCGGGAGAAGAACUCCUCCACCAGCCAGCACAUCAUCCGCCUGGAGAGCCUGCAGGCCGAGCAGGUCCUUGAAAUCAAGAUGCUGUCGGAUCGGAAGCGGGAGCUGGAGCUCCGGCUCAGCGCCACCUUGCAGGAGAACGACCUGCUGCAGGGGACCGUGGAGGAGCUGCAGGACCGGGUGCUGGUCCUGGAGAGGCAGGGCCAUGACAAAGACCUGCAGCUGCACCAGAGCCAGCUGGAGCUGCAGGAGGUGCGGCUCUCCUGCCGGCAGCUGCAGGGGAAGGUGGAGGAGCUCACAGAGGAGAGAAGCCUGCAGAGCUCGGCCGCCACCAGCACGUCCCUCCUGUCCGAGAUCGAGCAGAGCAUGGAGGCCGAGGAGCUGGAGCAGGAGAGAGAGCAGCUGAGACUGCAGCUGUGGGAGGCCUACUGCCAGGUCCGCUACCUCUGCUCACACCUCCGAGGCAGCGACAGCGCCGACUCGGCCGUCUCCACGGACUCCUCGAUGGACGAGUCUUCGGAAACCUCGUCCGCCAAGGACGUGCCGGCCGGCAGCCUGCGCACGGCCCUCAGCGAGCUCAAGAGGCUGGUCCAGAGCAUCGUGGACGGCGCGGAGCCCACGAGCUCCCGGAGAAUUGAGGAGGACUCCUUAGAAGAACAGAUAAGGCAGACCAGUGAGGAUUCGAGAGCCCUGAGGGAACUCAUGGAGGGAGAGAGGGGUAAACUGAGGCAAAGCCUAGAAGAGCUGCAGCAACUCCACAGUCAGGUGACUCUGCUGAGUGUGGAGAUGACUGCACUCAAGGAGGAGAGAGACCGACUCAGAGUGACGUCUGAGGACAAGGAGCCGAAGGAGCAGCUUCAGAAGGCUGUCCGCGACCGGGACGAGGCCAUCGCCAAGAAGAACGCUGUGGAGCUGGAACUCGCCAAGUGCAAGAUGGACAUGAUGUCUCUGAACAGCCAGCUGCUGGACGCCAUUCAGCAGAAACUAAACCUCUCCCAGCAGCUGGAGGCUUGGCAGGAUGACAUGCACAGGGUCAUUGACCGGCAGCUGAUGGACACGCACCUGAAGGAGCGGAGCCGGCCUGCCGUCGCCCUCUCCAGGGCCCGUGGCGCAGGGCGUGGGGUCGAGCCCAGCACCGCUGAAGGCAAACGGCUAUUCUCAUUCUUCAGGAAAAUUUGAGUUGGGAGGAGUCAGGCCAGCGAGGACGGGGGGCCUGGAGGCGACAGGGUGCGGGCGAGGCCCAGUGCACGGCGUUCACGGGCAAGGGCUCCCCUGCCGGGCUCCACGGGGCACUGCCUGCCCGCACCGGCCAUUCCUCCAGGAGGGCCUGCCGGCCUCUGAGGCCGCCCUUGGUGGAGGGACAGGCAGGAGCCUGUCCCCACGGCCCAGCCCAGCCCAGCCUGGGCUUCCCUAGGAUCCGCUGCUGUUGAGCAGGGCUCAGGCUGCCCAGAGCGGCCCACCCCUCAGUGGCUCCCACACCCAACCCCUGGCUGCUGCCCUCCCUGUGGGAUCUGGGGAACGGGAGAAACAGGCCCUCUGCAUCCUCAGGAGGCUGCCACGGCGUGCCCACCCGUGGGGGCCGAGCCUGCAGGGCACCACGCCCAGGCCUGAGCCUCCUUCCUCCCCAAGCCCGGCCCAGGGAGUAAGGGCGGCGGGCCCUCCCCCAUGUGCAUGCACCUCCGCCAGGAGCACCUCUGCCAGGAGACCCAGCCUGUGGGGCCCGAUGGCUGUCCUUGUGCUCUCGGCCAGUGGGCUCUGCAGAGGCUUGGCCGAGGCCAUCCCGAGCCCAGAGGAAGACAGCCUGGCCCCUGGCGCCACCGCGCUCCCUCCCCGGCUGCGCCAGUGCAGGCCUUCCCCCUCAGCCGGUCUUCACAGGGCCUCUGCAGGCUUUAGCCAUCCAGCCCUUCCCCCUUCCUGGGCCACGGCUGGGAGGGGUCCCAGCCUCCCACUCCCCUCACCUAUCCAAGUUCUUGGUUCAGCCAAGCAAGUCUAGGACACAGAAUGGCCCCAGAAGGCUCUGCAGCCACCUCCACCUCAAGGGCAGCACUGUCACCAUGGGCGACGCCUCCAGAUCCUGCCCCCUGGGCCUGCGGGGGGAUGCGUCCUGCCACCUGCUGCUCCCUCAGCAGCACGCCCUUCCCUGCGGCCCUCUCCCCGAGGCUCCGGCUGCGCCCGCCCGAGCUGCCUCACGUGGGAGCAGCCCAGCAGGGACGAGCGGAAAGAAUGUAUCUAUAGAUAUGUACAUACCACAGUGCUGUACUUUUGUAUGUAGCAAUCAUGUAAAUACAUGUAUGGAUUUUAUAAUAUACAUAUUAUAUAUAAAUCUAUAAAGGCAUAUUUUUAGAAAAACAGCACACCACUGCUUCUUUUGAAAAUAGUCUAAGAAUAAAUUGAAUUUCUACAGAG